AUGACAAACACAUCGUCCUCCAAGGACGUCUUAUCUACCAGGAGAGAACAGUAUGAGUACAACUCUAACCAUAGCUGCCACUACAGCCGGGUCAACGAGCCUGCCCGUGCUGCUGCUGUUCUGGAGACAACCAUCGGCAGCUACAUCUAUCGCCAGCUGAUACCUGUUGACCCCCUCAUGUCUGCACCGGCUGUCUCGACAGGCUACUCCAUCCAGGGUCGCGAUAACUGCUUCGUGGAUUCGUUUACCCUUUCUCCAGCCAUCCCUCAGUCCAAGUCAUUUUACCGUGAGCCCCUCCGUCUACCUCCUGCAGGAUUGGUGCCUCGCCCCCAGCCUGGGGACGCUGGCAGGAGCGGCGUGCCUGGGGCCCCGCCUGCAGCCAGAUCCGAGGGGGACAUCGAGGACGCCGUGGCCACUACAGCAGUGCAGAGUCCAAGUCCCAGAAGCCCUGGGCAGGAACAGGAGCCAGGGCGGUUUGGGGAACAGGCGCCCGAGGGGGGUCCUGUGCACCACCGAGCGAGGCGCUGCACGUGUUUCACCUACAAGGACAAGGAGUGCGUCUACUAUUGCCACCUGGACAUCAUCUGGAUCAACACUCCUGAACGGACCGUGCCCUAUGGACUGUCCAACUACAGAGGAAGCUUCCGGAGCAAGAGGUCCGCGGGGCCGUUCCCGCGGAGCCCACAGCCGUCCAAGUGGACGCUGCGCUGCGCUUGUGUGCGGAGUCGGGACAGCGCCUGCCUGCACUUCUGUACCCGCACCCUGGCCGUCAGCAGGAACUCAAGGACAGCAGAAAAUCCUGACGAAGAGGAACAGCCAGCCGGCGGUGCCGAUGGAGGCCUGCGUCCGAGGAGGCUGAAGUCCGGGACCAACCAAGCGAGCAGGCCUUAGGCCUCUGGCAUCACAUGCUUGCCCGGCGGUGGGCCCCCCGCGCUCUGCCUCCCCCUCUGCUGUGUCAGGAACCCCUGCGGACACGGGCCAGCAGCACCCCAUCUCUGGGAGGCCUUAGUUUCCGCUCCUUCCCGGUUCACGUUCCCAGCCUCUUGGAGGACCAGGAAUGAGUUUUGCCUGGUGGGGGGAAAACCCACUCAGAAGGCCCACGCUUAACAGUACACCCCUCACCCAAGAAUGCCCCAGCCCCAACGACCCGGUUUCUCUAAUGGGUAAAAUGAUCCCAGAUGUGCCCCAGAGCCUGACGCCCGCGGCUCGGGUUUCAUGCAGGAAAUUGUUUUUGGAGCGCCGUGGCACAUCCAGCCGCUUGCUGGCUUUUGCUUCUCUUGGAGUAUAAGUGGGCUCCAGGCUGACUUUGCAAACGUAAACACGCGUCCCUUACAACCGAUGCGGCGGGAGCAUGCGACGCUCCCAUCCUGACAUCCAGAAGGCACGCGCUGUGGGCUAGGGAGGGCGCCAGGCGUCGAUUUUGGAUGCGGAGCGUAGCUUUGCAGGAGUUGAGGACUUUGAAGCUUCUAGGAGGAUUUAGACAGCGAUUUUCAGGUGUGCACGGUACCCACUAAAAGAAUGUACCUUUGAGAAAGAGAGGACGAGAGAAAAAAGAAACCUUGAUGUUUGUGACGAGGAAAGAAGAACACGAGUAUGUGUGGGCUUUGAGCCCCGACACGUGCGGCUGCGAGCCUGUCCUCGAUCAGGUGCCCUUCUGAGCCCUCUGCGGACAGGCAGGCCAGGCACUUCCCAGAGAGCCGCAGUAAAAGCCGCCGGCCUCCCCUCCAGGCCAUUUGGGUGAAUAUUCGCUUUCAUGAACAAAUGUGGAUCUUUGGGGAACGGCUUCAAAAUAAG